AUGCGAAUUAUAGAAGACACUGCCAUAGAUGAAUCGUCAACAAUCCGUAUUCUUGUUUCAACUGAUAACCACGUCGGAUAUCUUGAAAAAGAUCCAAUUCGUGGCAAUGACUCACAUAAUACAUUUGACGAAGUGAUGAGAUAUGCGCGUAUAAAUGACGUAGAUAUGGUGGUUUUAUGUGGAGAUCUUUUUCAUGAGAAUAAACCAUCAAGAAAGGCAAUGUAUCAAGUGAUGCGAAGUUUGCGGCUAAAUUGUCUUGGAGAAAGGCCCUGUGAACUUGAAAUACUUAGUGAUCAAUCAAUUGUUUCUAGGGAUAUGGCUCUGGGACAUAUUAAUGUUGAAGAUCUGGAAAUAAAUGUAGCAAUUCCUGUUUUUUCGAUCCAUGGGAAUCAUGAUGAUCCUUCAGGAGAAGAUAGACUCUGUGCAUUAGAUAUUCUACAAAUGGCUGGAUUGAUGAAUUAUUUUGGGCAAGUUCCAGAGAAUGAUAAUAUUAUUAUUCGUCCUAUUUUGAUAAAAAAAGGGGAUACAAAGUUUGCACUUUAUGGGCUUUCUAAUAUUAGAGAUGAAAGGCUUUAUCGUUCAUUUAAGCAAGGAAAUGUUCGCUUUAUGAGACCAGAUGUUGAUCCAGAUUCUUGGUUUAAUGUAAUUGUUGUCCAUCAAAAUCACACAUCACAUACAGAAAAAGGAUAUUUGCCUGAAAAUUUUAUUCCUGAUUUCUUUGAUUUAGUGCUAUGGGGACAUGAGCAUGAGUGUAUCAUUGAUCCUAUAUACAAUCCUCAGCAAAACUUUUAUGUAGUUCAGCCAGGGUCAUCGGUUGCUACAAGUCUUUCUCCUGGAGAAGCUGUUUCAAAACAUGUUGCAAUAUUUUCUAUUACAAAAAAAUCAUUUAGUAUGCAAAAAAUACGACUUAAAAGUGUUAGACCAUUUAUUAUGAAAGAUAUAAGUUUAUAUGAAAAUACUGCAAUUAAACCUAAUACAAAUAAUAAGAGUAUGGUAACAGCAUUUCUAAUAGAAAAGGUCCAGGAGGCUAUAGAAGAGGCAUUGAAUGAAUGGAAGUCUUAUCAAGAACCAUAUUAUAAAGAAGAGCCUCCGUUACCUUUAAUUCGUCUAAAGGUAGAAUAUUCUCUAGAAUAUCAAGUAGAAAAUCCUCAACGAUUUUCAAAUCGAUUCGUUGGAAAAGUUGCAAAUCCUAAUGAUAUUGUUAAAUUUUAUAUGAAAAAGAAUACUCGAAAUAAAGCAAUUAAGUCACUACAUACUGAUAUAGAAUCAUUAAAUAUAAAAUUGGAAAAUAUAAAAGUUGAAGAUUUAGUAAAAGAAUUUCUUAGUACUCAAAGUUUGGUAUGUCUUCCUGAAAAUGAACUUGGGGAAGCAGUAACAAGAUUUAUUGAAAAAGAUGAUCGAGAAGCUCUUAAAUGUUUUGUUACAGCACAUAUUGAUAGUCAAGUUAAGCUUUUAAUCAAAAAUCUUACUGCAGAAGAAAAUUUAGAUGAAGAAUUAAAAAAACAAAAAUUGCUUUAUGAAGAAAGAACUAGAUUGAAAUAUGAAGAAGAUAAGGAAGAACAUGAUAUGAAAAAUGAUUUUGACAAUUUAACUAAAAUGUCACUUUUAGCAAAAAAUUAUAAUGAAAAUAUAAAUAAUCACAAUGGAAAUGUAAAUAAUUAUAAUGGAAGUAUAAAUAAUUACAAUGAAAAUAUAAACAAUUAUAAUGAAAACAUAAAUAAUUACAAAACAAAUAUAAAUAUUUCAUUAAAUUCAAAUUUAAAAUCUAAUGAUACUUAUAAAAAUAUUCCUAAAGCGGUUAAAGAGGAAGAGUACUUUAUAAAUGAUAAACAGUUUAUUUCAGGGUUUGAUGAUAUAAUGGUUACAAAUAUGCAAAAUGUUCAAUUCAAAACAUAUAAUACGGAUAAAAACUAUUCUAUCUCUCAAAAUUUAAAUUAUGGAAAAUGGAAAUGUCAAAAUAAUACAUAUAUAAAAGAUGAAAUAGAUAAUGUUUCAGAUAACGAAUUUAUCCCGAGAUUUAAUUUUAAAAGAGCCAAAUUAUUAUAA